AUGAAUCGUUCAUCAUCAAUUGAAGAAGCACGUAUUGUACGUGUUAUUCUAUUAACAAAUAGAAUAUUUCCAUUAUUUAUUUUACCAUUAGCAACAAUUGGUAAUUCACUUUGUUUUCUUGUAUUUUGUCGACCAAAAUUUCAAAAACGUUUAACACGAACAUCAUCAAUAUGUAUACGUUUAUUAUGUUUAAAUGAUUUAAUUUUGUUAUAUUUAUUUACUAUUGAUGUUUUAUUAAAAAUUUAUAUGAAACCAACAAUACGUAUCUAUUCAACACCAAUAACAUGUCGUUUAUAUAAAUAUAUACGUUAUUCUAUGUUAGAUUUUUCAGCUUAUUUACAAUUAGGUUUAACAACUGAUCGGUUUAUUUGUUGUGUUUAUCAUACAUAUUAUUCACGUUGGUGUAAACGAAAUUAUAUAUAUUAUUUAUUAUCAAUUGCAUUUUUAUGUAUUUUUAUUAAAAAUUCAUCUUUUUUAUCAACAUCCUAUGGUUAUUAUUCAGUCAAUAAUAAAAAUCGUACUAGUGUUAAAUGUUCAGUUAAAAUAAACGCAGUUUAUUUUACAAUGUAUAUGGCAUAUGGACAAUCUUUACUUGAUCUUGUUUUUAUAACUUGUUUACCAUUUUUUCUUAUACUCUGUUUUAAUUCACGUGUUUUAAGAGAAGUUUUACGUUUACGUACAGAAUGUUGGAGUACAUUAACAAGAUUAAUGCAUAUAACACCAGAUCCAUCUGAAAGUGCAAUUAUAAUAGCAACAGAUAGAAUAGCAUUACAAACCUUAUCAUCAUCAUCAUCAUCAACAACAACAACAACAACAGUUAUUUUAACACGUCAUCGUGCAAAACAUCGACGUCUACAUUUAACAUUUGCACUUGGUUGUAUAUCAUUUAUAUUUAUAUUUAGUACAGCACCAUAUAAAAUAUUUAAAAUUGUUGAAAGACAUGAUAAAGUUAUACGUGAUCAAUAUAUGAAUGGUACAUCGAAAUCAGUUCAGAUGCAAUUAGCUGAAGUUAUUAUUGAUUGUUUCGUAUAUUUAUCAUGUUCAACACCAUUUUUUGUUUGUUUUGCUACAUCAAGUAUGUUUCGUGAUGAAUUACGUCUAGUAUUUCAAUAA